AUGGAUCAAGACAAUGAGAGAAACGUGUCCAGGCUUUGGAGAGCAUUCAGGACUGUGAAGGAAAUGGUGCGCGACAGGGGCUAUUUCAUCACGCAGGAGGAGGUUGAUCUCUCGUUGGAAGACUUCAAAGCGAAGUACUGUGACUCGAUGGGACGUCCUCAGCGCAAGAUGAUGUCCUUCCAGUCGAACCCUACCGAGGAAACACUAAAGAAGUCCCCAAACAUGGGCUCUGUCUGGGUAGAAUUCUGCGACGAGCCCAGUGUCGGUAUCAAGACUAUGAAGAACUUCGUGAUCCACAUUGGCGAGAAGAACUUCCAGACGGGUAUUUUCAUAUAUCAGAACGGCAUAACGCCCAGCGCGUUGAAACUGCUUCCCUCCGUCGCUCCUGCUACAAUUGAGACUUUCAACGAAACAGCUUUGGUGGUAAAUAUCACGCACCAUGAGCUUGUGCCAAAACAUAUCAAACUCAGCGACGAAGAAAAGAAGGAGUUGUUGAAGAGAUACAGGUUAAAGGAAUCUCAGUUACCUAGAAUCCAGAGGAUGGAUCCAGUUGCAUUAUACCUGGGGUUGAAGCGAGGUGAGGUGGUGAAGAUUAUCAGAAAGUCAGAGACCUCUGGCCGUUACGCAAGUUACAGAAUCUGUUUGUAA